GGACAAUGUCGGUUCCUCACUGCUUGCAGUUAACACUCUUUUUUAAAACAAUGAAACAUACUCCGUACUAAACACGGUACGAAAGUUAACAGAUUACAGAAAUAGAAUAAUACAUAAAAUAAAUGGCGAAAUUAAUGCCCAUUUCAUGCCCAAUCUUACCUUCGGGCUUUACAACUUUAUCAGUGCUUUACGAUCCUCCAUCUAUAACCCGGAUUCGUUGGAAGCGGCCUGCCGUAAUCGCCGGGUCUCGCCGUCCCACUCGCCGGAAGCCACCAUUUUCAGACAUGUCUGUUUCGGUUCCUAUCGCGGGUUCUAUCCGGCGAGAGAUCGAUUCUGAACCGUUGCUAGGUUCUCGAAAUGGUGUAGGGGAGGGGGAUAGGCUGACAACAGAUUUGGAGCAAGCUACAAGUGCAUCAAGUAAAGGCCACAAAAACAAGUACUCUACGAGCUCCAUCCGCUGCUUCGGAGUUGACCUUACACCUGAUAACAUUGCAGUGGCUAUGGUAUAUUUUGUUCAGGGUGUCUUAGGACUUUCAAGACUUGCUGUCAGCUUUUACUUGAAAGAUGACCUGCAUCUAGACCCUGCAGAGACAGCAGUUAUAUCAGGAUUUGCAUCAUUACCGUGGCUUGUAAAACCAUUGUAUGGAUUUAUCAGCGAUUAUUUCCCUCUUUUUGGAUACCGGAGAAGAUCAUAUCUGGUUCUAUCAGGGCUUCUUGGAACACUCUCCUGGAGUUUGAUGUCAACCUUUGUUGACAGCAAGUAUAGUGCUGCUUUUUGCAUUCUUCUUGGAUCUCUUUCAGUUGCUUUCUCUGACGUUGUCGUAGACUCAAUGGUUGUUGAGAGGGCACGAGGCGAGUCGCAAAGUAUGUCUGGAUCUCUCCAGUCAUUAUGUUGGGGUUCUUCAGCCUUUGGUGGAAUUGUCAGUGCCUACUUUAGUGGUUCCCUGGUGGAUGCCUAUGGUGUGCGGUUUGUUUUUGGCUUGACAGCUUUGUUACCGCUGAUUACUUCUGCAGUAUCUGUCCUAGUAAAUGAGCAUCCUGUACGUGGCCCACUGAAGGGUCAGAAUAUUUCUCUAGACGAUAGUUUCUUUAAGAGCUCAAAGAAUAACAUUAUUCAGUUAUGGGAAGCUGUUAAAGAUCCCAAUGUUUUUCUGCCGACAAUCUUUAUAUUCCUUUGGCAGGCAACUCCACAGUCUGAUUCUGCAAUGUUUUAUUUCACGACAAAUAAACUUGGUUUCACUCCAGAGUUCCUGGGACGUGUCAAACUUGUCACUUCAAUUGCAUCACUUGUUGGUGUUGGGCUGUAUAACGGUUUCUUAAAGAAUGUCCCCUUAAGAAAGAUAUUUCUUGCAACAACUAUUAUUGGGACAACCCUUGGGAUGACACAGGUACUCCUCGUAACUGGAUUGAACCGACAGUUUGGCAUUAGCGAUGAGUGGUUUGCAAUAGGGGAUUCAUUGAUUAUUACAGUCCUUGGCCAGGCUUCUUUCAUGCCGGUUCUUGUACUAGCUGCAAGAAUAUGUCCACAAGGAAUGGAAGCAACUCUGUUCGCAACACUAAUGUCAAUAUGUAAUGGGGGAAGUGUCCUCGGGGGUCUCAUUGGCGCCGGCCUAACCCAGAUCUUCGGGGUGACCAGGGACAAGUUUGACAACCUGGCAGCUCUGAUCAUUCUUUGCAAUCUCAGCUCAUUGUUACCUUUACCAUUGCUUGGUCUCCUGCCCAAAGACGAGCCUGAGUCAAAUGAGAACACAGAUAUCGAGAUGAAGUCCAAUUGAGUUUCUUUCCCCUUUCCACGCAUUUAUCUCAGAUGAUACUUUUUGCUGCAGUUAUAGUAAUUACUUCGGGAGAGAAUCAGUGUAUAUAGACUAUGCAAAUGUAAAUAUGGGAGAAAGACACAUUGCUAAUGGAAACCAUUACUAACUUGUGGGGAUAGAGGUAAACUUUAACAUAAUUUUAGAAAAUGAGAGAAUUUGAUUAUUCCUCGUUUUAGUUUGACUAGUUCUGAACAAAGAAUCAUAUAUCCAUUAAUGGUUCCUGCUAAUUCCCAUAACUGUUAGCAACUCACCAUUAAGGAACUUGGAUUUGAAUCAGUCUCUAAGAUUCUUUUUAUGGAGUAACAUUUGAAUCGGAUAACCCGGCAGCUAAUGGUGUGAAUCCGUCCUGCUUGUGGGAAACUUGUCACGUGGAGAAGUGAUUGGUGCUCACAUGGUGGCCCCUUUGAUUUAACUACCAUCAACAAGAUUGUCGCCACAUCUUACAACCCGUCGCCAGGCCACUUUGGAAUUGGAAUAGAAUGGGAAGGGAUUUUUAGGCUAUCAAUAUAGUACUAAUGCAUCAAUUUAUAUCAUUAGUUGAUGAUAUAGUAUAAUUGAUGAUUUUUUUUUUAACCCCCCACCUAUAUUUAUAUCAUUAGUUUUAGGAUGUGAAAUAUAAGUAUGCCAAGACACCUAAGUGCAACACAUGAAUAAGAAUUCAACAUUGACUUGAUAUUUACUAGGUAUUUCAUAGGUAAAGCUAUGGUUACAUUCAUGAUAAACAUACAAUCGUUUAAAAAAAUAUAAAUGAUUUUAGAGGAUAUCCAUCAUUGUAAAAUUUAA